ACCUUAUUAUUGAUAGAACUUUAGAAUUAAUUACUUCCUAACUUGAGUUAUUGAUAUUAAUUAAUUAUUUUAUUGACCGAGGGUCCUAAGAAGGCCAUAUCCGGUGAAUGGAUAAUCACGGCACGGGGCUGCACUUUCAAAUAAAGCUGGAGGCAACGGUCCUAUGUACAACUCGGAGCAAAGGCUAGCUAGCUUGCUCAAUGGGAGAUACUCACAGAUCCAUCACCGUUCGGCUGAAAAGAGAAGACUGUAAGCGUACAAAACAUGACUCUGCUUUCUCCGAUUGGAAGAUUCUAAUUGGGCCUAAUGAUUGGACGGAUUAUUUAUUGAGGAAGGAAGGAGCAGAGAAAUAUAGGACUCAGAACCUGCCAAACUGCACUUCGUGCUCUGGAGUUUAUGAGCUGGGAAUAGCUGUGACACGACACCAAGCUGGGCGAGAGGCUAGCAGACUUGACCCUGAUUAUAUUGUUCCUGUAUAUGUUGGAAAAUCUGACAAUGUUAGGACUAGGCUACAGCGGUAUGGCCGUGAAGGCGCUCAUUUAGAGAAUGGCUGCUCCAAUAGUGCACUGCACGACCAAGUAAAUGUAUCUGCUUCAAAGAGAGCAGGAUUGUUUACAGAAGCAUUCUCAAGAGGCUUCUCUAUCGUUUAUAGGUGGGCACCUAUGAAUGACAACAAAGACGCUGAGAAAACUGAAUCCCAGCUGCUCGACAGAUUUGACUAUGCUUGGAAUAAAGGCAGUAAUGGCGUACGUCGCCACAAUGAUGUUCUCCAGAAACUUGAUGGCAUUUCAAGAGCAACUCGUCUUCCUGCUUUUGUCAGGAAGCUUCAAUUGUCCCUUGAGAAACAAAAAGGUGUCAGAAUCAAACCUUGCAAGCCCCUUUUGUUGGAGAACGGAUCUGAUUUUCAUGAUAGCUUCAAAAGCACUUAUUUCCUUCCCCAAAUCUUCAAAUUUGGUCGAUCAAAGCCAAGAAUAGUUUCACUAAGUUCCGGUGUAAAUGGUGAUCCAAAUACUAUUUGUGGUGUAGCUUUGGGUCAUGGAUCUGUUUGUAUGAGGCCUCCAAUAACGGGAAAUAUACGAUGUGCUAAGCACAAGGGAAUGAAGGUAAAUGGUGUAAAUUCCAAGUUGAUUGCAGAAGGAAAUUCAUCUGUGAUAAAUGAGAGCACAAGACCUUGCGCAAGUAGAGGCGAGGAAAAUGCUCCAAUUUGUGGUUUUAUCUUGGAUGGUGGUGCUCCUUGUGCAAGAAAACCAUUCCAGAGAAACAAAAGAUGCUUGGAGCACAAGGGAAGGAGAAAUCGAGGCUGCAUUUCUCAGCCAGUGACAGACAAAAAUGGCCAGUCUAUACUGGAAUACAGGACUUAUUCUAGUAAUGAUUGUCAUCAGAUGUUAUCCCGUAGGGCUGAUACACAGCACCCUCAAGAUUUCUCCAGCUGUCCUCUUAUCAACCAGAACCACAAUGUCAUAUGUGGAGUUCAUUUAACUGAUGGUAGUUUCUGCACCAGGCAACCUGUAGCAGGAAGAAAACGGUGUGAAGAACACAAGGGUAUGAGGGUUAAAGAGCCCAUUUCUAAGCAAUUAGGUUCAGAAAUACCAAGCGUAUUUGCAGGUCCAGCUGCCAAAAGUAGCAGUGGGAAAAAGCAUUAGAAUGUAGACAUUCCAUCAGUUAGCCGUUCUCCAACUUGUGGAGCAACAUUACGUAAUGGUUCUUUUUGCAGACGGAAACCUUCAGACGGAAACCUUCGGAAGAAGGUACUAAAAGAUGUUGGCAGCACAAAGUCAUAAAGAGCUGAAAUAAGCCCUCCACGACAUGCAUAAUGUAGUUUCAUCGAAGAGAAUUAUUCAUAAAGUCGUUCUAUCUAUAGUAAAAGGUCACCACACCCAAAGGUGCAACCUCCUGUAAGGCAUGUGUUCAGAUUUUUUAAAUUGUAGGUCAAAAUCGGGCUUGCCCUUUUUUGUGCGACUGAUCGAGGCUGGAGCAUGAAAGUCGAGGAUCGGCUUCGGUUCAUAUGGUGCAAAAUUAGGUUGUCAAGCUCGAGACCCUGAGACCGGUUAAGAUCGAGACCGACCAAAAUCGAGACCGACAAAGAUUGAGAUCGACCAAGGUCAAGACCGAAUAAGUUGGAGUUCGAGGGAAGCUUACGUGGUCGAAUAACUGAAAGACGAAAUAUCCGCAAUCGGGCGAAGAUCACGGCGCAAAUCCCGGCACGUAUCAAGAAGAGGCCGAUUAAUUAGCCAAUCAUGAGAUUUCUUACUGUAUUUAGACUUAUACCAAGAGCAGGACUCCCCUGCUAUAUAAAGGGUGUCCGAUCAUUUGUAAAACAUUAUCAUAUACACAUUACAUAAAGCAAAUAUAUUCUUAUUC